AUAAGAGCCUGUGGAAGUGGGAACGAGGAGCUCGGUGAGGAGCCGCUCCCCCCGCUUUUAAUACACUGCGGCCGGGACCUGGCGCUGAAGGGAGGCCGGGCCAAGAUGGCGGCGGCGCUGAGGGGCCGGGCCGAGAUGGCGGCGGCGGGAAGCGGGGAGGCGGCCUGAGAGGUGCCUCCCCCCCCCCCCCCCCGUUUUUGGGGUUUCCUCCCAAUUUUUGGGGUGUCCCCCCGGGUUUUGGGGUCCCCCCCGGGUUUUUGGGGGGGAUGGCUGAGGAGAAGAAGGCGAAGCUGAGCCAGACGCUGCUGGCGGCCGAGUCGAUGCGGGCCAUGGCGGAGGCGGUGGGGGCCGGGGCCGUGCCCGAGGAGAGCUGCCAGCUGCUGGCCGAGGAGGCCAGUUAUCGCCUCAAGGAGGUGGCCCAGGACGCCCUCAAGUUCAUGCACAUGGGGAAACGCCGCAAACUGACGACGGGGGACGUCGACUUCGCCCUCAAACUCAAAAACGUGGAGCCCCUCUACGGCUUCCACGCCCAGGAAUUCAUCCCUUUCCGUUACGCCAGCGGUGGCGGCCGCGAGUUGUAUUUUUACGAGGAAAAAGAAGUGGAUUUGAGCGACAUCAUCAACACCCCCCUGCCCCGCGUCCCCCUCGACGUCUGCCUCAAGGCUCACUGGCUCAGCAUCGAGGGGGUGCAGCCGGCCAUCCCCGAAAACCCCCCGCCAGCCCCCAAGGAGCAGCAGAAGGCGGAAGCCACCGAGCCCCUCAAAUCCACCAAACCGGGGCAGGAGGACGAUGGGACGCUGAAGGGGAAGGGACAGAGCGUGGCCAGCGCUGACGGCAAAGGGAAGGAGAAGAAAGGUCCUCUCCUGGAGGGGACCCCGUUGCGCCUCAAGCCCCGCAGCGUCCACGAGCUCUCGGUGGAGCAGCAGCUCUACUACAAGGAGAUCACCGAGGCCUGCGUGGGCUCCUGCGAGGCCAAACGCGCCGAGGCCCUCCAGAGCAUCGCCACCGACCCCGGCCUCUACCAGAUGCUGCCGCGUUUCAGCACCUUCAUCUCCGAGGGGGUGCGAGUCAACGUGGUGCAGAACAACCUGGCGCUGCUGAUCUACCUCAUGCGGAUGGUGAAGGCGCUGAUGGACAACCCCACGCUCUACCUGGAGAAAUACCUGCACGAGCUGAUCCCCGCCGUCAUGACGUGCAUCGUCAGCCGCCAGCUCUGCCUGCGCCCGGACGUGGACAACCACUGGGCGCUGCGGGACUUCGCCGCCCGCCUGGUGGCCCAGGUCUGCAAGAACUUCAGCACCACCACCAACAACAUCCAGUCCCGCAUCACCAAGACCUUCACCAAGAGCUGGGUGGAUGAGAAGACGCCCUGGACCACGCGCUACGGCUCCAUCGCGGGACUGGCCGAGCUGGGCCACGACGUCAUCAAGACCCUGAUCCUGCCCCGGCUGCAGGUGGAGGGCGAACGAGUCCGGAACAUUCUCGAAGGUCCCGUCGUCAGCAACAUUGACAAAAUCGGGGCCGACCACGUCCAGACCCUUCUCCUGAAACACUGCGCCCCGGUGCUGGCCAAGAUCCGUCCUCCCCCGGACAACCAGGACUCCUACAAGGCCGAGUUUGGCUACCUGGGGGCUUUGCUCUGCACCCACGUGGUGAAGGCGCGGGCGCAAGCCGCCAUGCAGGCCCAGCAGGUCAACAGGACCACCCUCACCAUCACCCAGCCACGUCCCACCUUGACCUUGUCCCAGGCCCCUCAAGGACAAGGAGGGCCACCGCGUCCCCCCAGUAUCAUCAAGGUCCCCAGUGCCAUCACCCUCCCAGUUCAGACACUGGUUUCGGGGCGCCCGGGGACCCCCACCCAGCCCUCGCCACCCCCCACCAAGUUCAUCGUGAUGUCAUCGGCCUCGGGGACGAGCGCGUCACAGCAGGUGAUCACCUUCAGCACCAGCCCGGCGCCCACGGCCACCUCCCCUGUCACCACCACUGUCCCCAGCGUCCAGCCCGUCGUCAAACUGGUCUCGGCGGCGCCCACUGUCCCCAGCGCCACCGUCACCGGCAGCGUCCAGAAGUACAUCGUGGUGUCCCUGCCCCCCGCCGGUGACAACAAGGGGGGCACCGCCACCCCCACGGGGGCCACCACCCCGGGUCCCCAACUGUCCCCCCUCUGCCACCGCCUCCCCGGCCGCUGCUGUCCCCCCCCGCCCCCGUCACCCCCCAAAUCGGAGCCUGGGGACAGUCCCCCCAACCCCCCGCUGCCACCUUCGGCAAAGCCAAUGGUACCCCCGGGGGGGUGGCCCCAGUCCCCCCCAGUCUGCCCAGUGACACCGCUGGGACGCUGCCACUAGGGACGGGGUGGGUGGCCUGGGGGUCCCCCAGUGUCCCCCGUGUCACCCACCAGUGCCCCCCCCCAGUGUCCUGGGACGCCUCUAUGGGGGACACAAAGGGUGGCCUGGGGGUCCCCCCACUGUCCCCGUGUCACCCCCCCGGUGUCCUGGGGCGCCUCUGUGGGGACACAAAGGUGACCUGGGGGGUCCCUCAGUGUCCCCAUGUCCCCCCCCAGUGUCCUGGGGCCCCUCUGUGGGGACACAAAGGUGACCU